AUGAAUUCUAGAUCCCCUUCUACGCUUAAGAGCCCUUGUCCAAACCACUCCAAGACACGCAAGAUCUCAUCCGUCUACUGGCCAGAGCUAAAGCGAAUUCUAGAAAAUGACCCUAGCCGGUUUUAUGACCUCGACCUCGAAUGCCUCUGCUUCGAACGCAUGUCCAUCUUUGAGCAUGAGCACGUCAGAGACCCAGCGAUGGAUCACUACACACACGGAGCCCACGUCCUCCCUUGCGGUCACAUCUUUGGCGAAAAGUGUCUCGUCCCGUGUCGUCAGGCUCUCGGCUAUCACCCGCACUGUUACCACGACCUCAACUCGCUCCCUAUGCCGCAAUCUCUGGAAGAAAUCAGACAGUUCCCAUAUUUUAGAGAAAACGUCCUUAUAUCAAACAAAUGCGGCGACUGCAUCAUGAUGGACGAGGUCAGGAACCUCAGCUCCAUGGCGCAAAACCAUCUUCCUCCGAUGGAUCUUCGCGAAGGUGAGUAUGUUGGCGUGUCCAUCAGCUCGCCCGACACCAUGUGGGCACCUUCGACGGAUCCCCGCAAAGCAGACCCGAUUAUACGGACCAUUCCAUCUUCUGGGGUACUGGAGAGACUUUGCGAAUUAUCGCGUAGGUCCUUGUCAGAGAAUUGGGAGGGUGUGUGGAGGUCGGUGGACUUUCGGGAGCUGGAGUAUCGUUUACAUGUUUUUAGAGUAACAGGAUAUCCUAUGUAUACUUGA